UCCACCACGUCUUGUGACCUGUCUCUUCCUUCUCUGAAACCAAAUCGAUCGUCCGCGAAACCGCACCUCCACAACCCACCCAGCUCCCAGGGCGGUGAUAGACAAAGGCUGCGAAAUUGAGCCCCGCCGCCCCAGAGAUUCAAAAGGACCGAAAAGAUUAUGGUACGGUCCUAGGUUUUGAUUCCGCUCGCGAUCGACCCAUUAGUCUACCGAACCCCUGUGAUCCAAUCAUCUCAACAAUCGGAAACUUGAAUAAAGGGAGAAAAAAUGGGGAAGGAGGACGGAGACCCUAAUCGGGAAAAUCCAUGGCCUCCGAACCGGACCUAUCCGGGGAAAGAGGAGAAGGAGGAGAUGAAGCCCUGGGGAGUUCUCGUCUUCGGCCUGAUUGGCGCCACGGCUACCACUUUGGCGGUUUCACGUCUCCGGCAAACUGUAAAUUGGGUCUAUGCUCAGUUAACCAGGUCGCGCGAAUCGGCAAAAUCUUUCAGAACGGCUUUUCAAGAGGAAGCUUGGAAGAGGUACAAUCGACGAAUGCAGGAAGCAUAUGAAGAAGAAAUGGAGAGAGUGGAGCGCAUAAGGCGUAUGCAGAAUGUGUUUAAUAGAGAAAGGAGUAAAUAUAAAAGAGGCUAUGAGAGCUGGAUGGAAAAUGAUGCUGGUGCAUAUAGCCAGCAAUUCCAGCGGGAUGAUUGGUAUUGGAAGGCGGAUACAUCAUCCAGAUAUCGAAGUACUAAUUUUAGGAGAGCCCCAAGGGAGAGUGCAAGCUACCCAUUGUCACAUCAUUACUCAGUUUUGGGCCUUGAUAGGUCAAGGAAGGCACCAUACACGGAUGCUGAGAUCAAGACGGCAUUUAGGGCCAAGGCAUUGGAGUUCCAUCCGGAUCAGAACCAGGAUAACAAAGUGGCUGCUGAGGCGAAGUUCAAAGAAGUAAUGUUGUCUUACGAGGCCAUCAAGCAAGAACGGCAAAAUAACAGGACCUAAAACAUUUGGCUUAAUUUGUCUACGAUAUUCCAAGGAUUGACAUCGUGGAUGCAAUAGCAGAUCAAGGGACAGUGCCAAACCACUGCAUUUAAUUCCCGGGGUCCCCAACUGGAAAGACGAUACUGCACUUUGCAGAGUUACUGGGCAUGUGUUGGAACCUGUGUCCUCGUACUAGGUUACUGAAGCAGAAUAAAAAUAUGUCUUUUGACUAGAUGUGGAAAACCCCGUGAGGUUAGGGAAUGUCUAUGUAGAGCAUGAUUUUACGAUCGCACAGCACAGCAAGUGCCGAAAUGUCGUUAAGUAAAAUCACCCAUUUGAGCUGGGUUCUUUUGUACAUUUUUUUGGGUUUUAAACAAGGGUGAGCUUGGAGAUACAUGUCAUUUUCACGGUCUACACAAUUUGUUUUUCAUAUACAAUAAAGAAGAGGGCAUGGAGUUACUUGUAAACUGCGAUCAGCUGGCGACGGUUACUGCUUGCUUGUUUUCAACCUCUUGUUGCUGCUGUUCUAUUUGAGUGGUGGUUGAACGUCAGUUGUCAUCUUUUGA